GUUGUCUGCCAUCAGCAGCGAUCAGUUGGCUAGCGGAACAACAGCAGCAGCAGCAGCGGAUGGUUCAGAUUCGGCUUCGGUUACCAGCCUGAAACCGAGAUUUGUCACCGCAUUGUGUGUUUCUGUGGAGCAAAAGGUGGCAUAGUUUUGUAUGGAAUGACAACCUCUCAGAGAUAUAUUGAAUCCAAACCAGCAGCUAGGUUUGCUGACAUGGAGUGGCAGACGCCAGCUGUGUCAGAGAAGUUCCAAAGCCGAUUUGGCCGCCGGCCUGGAACAUCGGACAGUGGGGACACUGGUCUAGGCACCUCGGCAUCUGACAGCACAGAAGAUUUCUGCAGUUCCAGCAGCAGCCCCUCCUUUCAGCCUAUCCGCAGUCAGAUCCCCAUACCCACUGCACAUGUCAUGCCAUCCACGGCCGGAGCCCCGGCCUCUAAGCCCCAGCCAUGUGCCCAUGAGGAGUCCCUAUCCUCUGUGGAGGCACACAGGUUUUCAUCUGGCUCUAGAACGCCGAGUGGCUCUACCUCAAAGUCUUCGUCUCUCUCCAAAUCUGCAUCUUCACCCAACUUGGAUGCACAGACUGGUGUGGGAGGUGAUCUUGUGGUGCCAAAGCCGGACUGCCUGAGCCGCUACAGGAGUCUUGUCAAUGGGCUGGACCACUCACUUUUCCCUAUGGAUCACACGCGGGUGGAUGAGGGCCAGAGGUUUGACACGCCUGCUGUGGAGCCUACACUAAAUCAGUCCGCCCUGCUGGGGGGGUUAUGCCCUGAUGUCAGAUUCCGGUUACAGGCGACAGGGAUUAGAGACGCCCCAGACUGUAUGUCGGAGGCCUACAGAGGAGGCAUGGAGCACAGCUAUAAGGUUUUGCCUGAAGCAAGACCUGGCAUUCCCGGCACAGCAGAACCCUCUAAUCAGAGAGUCAGUCAGCCUGGUGGAGCCGGAUCUCCUGGCGUUUAUACAAGUCCUCUGAGCCUACAAACACAGGCUCUGCUAAGGGAGCAUUCAGGCUCCAAGGGUUAUGACCCACUGCGGCAGGACAGAUGUAGUGACCUCUCCAGCUGGCAGCAACAACAGCAGCAUAAGCAGCAACUGGAGAGUUUACGUUUACAAGUGGAACAAAUGCAGUUAAUGAGUGGUGGGGUGGGUCAGUACCCGUCUAUGUAUUCAUCAUCUGCACACUCAGACUCUGGCAAGUGGGACGCUCUGGUAAAAGCCAGCGAGAGUCUGUUGAAGGAGAAGGAGCUCAUCAUUGAGCGACAAAAGCAGCACAUGGCCCAGUUGGAACAGCGACUGAGGGAAAGUGAGCUACAAGUCCAUGGAGCCCUCCUUGGCCGGGGGACGUCUUAUGGAGAAAUGUGUAUGUUACGCCUACAGGAGGCUCAAAGGGAGAAUGCGUUCUUGCGGGCGCAGUUUGCUGAGCGUACUGACUGUGCAGCUCUGGAGAAAGCCGACGCAGAGCGCAGACUCGGGGCUGUCGAGGCCGAGACUCGCCGACUAACUGACAGCUUGAAGGAAACUUGUGAGAGGCAUGCAGAGGAAAUGAAGAAACAGGAAGAGAGGAUCCGCAGUCGAGAUAAGCACAUCAACAACCUGAAGAAGAAAUGCCAGAAGGAGGCAGAGCUGAAGAGAGAGAACCAGCAGCGUAUUGAGACUCUGGAGCGUUAUCUCGCUGACCUGCCCACCUUGGAAGACUAUCAGAGCCAGAACAAGCAGCUUGUAGAGGCUGAACAGCACGUAGCUGAGCUGCAGGAGAAAGUCAAAGAACUGGAGGUCCGUCUAGAGGUGACGCACUCCCAGCUUCGGGAAAAAGACGCUCAGCUGGAGGAGCAGAAACGUAGAGAAAGAGACCUGCUGACCACCAUUACUGAUAUGCAGCAAAGGGUGCAGCAGGGCCUUGAGGAUGGUGCCAGACUGCCUUCUCUGGAUAUUGAAAAACUCAGAGGGGAGAAUAAUGCUUUGAGAGAGGAGCAACAGAGACUCAAAAAGGUUAUUGAGAAGCAACAUCGGAUGAUGGAACAGCUUGGCUCCCAAAUCCAGGCUUUAGAAGAGCAGAUGUCUCAGGAAGAGAGCAGCUCACAGGCUCUCAGAGAAGAGGUGUUAGCCAAAGAGCAGAAUGUGUUAGAGCUUCAUGCAGCCAUGAAAGAGCUGUCGGCCCAGAACCAAGAACUGAUGGAGCAGAAUCUGACCCUGCAGGAGCAGAUGAACGAUCCGGAGCGGAGGAGCAGCGACCAGGCCUCCUCGGCCCUGCAGCCGGCCGGGGCUCGGCUCACACAGAGGCUCCAUGCAGAGAUCGCUUCCUGCCUCAGUGACCUGCGCUCGCUGUGCAGCAUCCUGACCCAGCGAGCCCAGGGACAAGACCCCAACCUCUCCCUGCUGCUCGGUCUCACAUCACCCCCUCCUGUGACAGAGCAGGAUGAAGACUGGAUGAGUCCAGAAGUGCUGCAGAAGAAGCUGGUUGAAGCUCAACAGCUCCGUCGAGAUGUUGAGGAACUUCGUAACGUCAUAUUGGAUCGCUAUGCACAGGACAUGGGCGAAAACUGCAUUACCCAAUAACCCCUCCACCCAGGACAUGGAAGAAACCUGUGAAAGCCCCACGUCACCUCUUAAGCAGCUAAAACGGGCUCAUCAUUCACACCGAGUUACUGAAUCUCAGAAGAGGACUGGAUUUUUAAUUUUCUUAGAACGAGGACAGAGGAAAGCCCAAAUGGUUUAGCUUCUACUUUUCUCACUGGCUGUAAGUCGACUCUGAAGCCCGCCUGUAGCUCAGAAACCCUCCCACCCCCCCUUGAGUUCAUCUAUUUCAGUCCAAGGGCUAACAGAAAAUAACUUACCUCUAAUACUUGAUCCUUAAACAUUGUGUGUGCGUGUGUUUUUUUUUGUUUUCCUUGAUAAUGACAUGAUACUGUCAGUUACCAAACAGUCUUAUUCUGUCUUCCACCUUAGUGGAUAGAUAUUUGUGUAGGAGUCCCACGAAUAUAAUUUAUUCAAAUCUUAAUUUCCUUCUCGAGGGAAAUUAUCAAGUAAGUGGUUGACAAUCAACUGAGAAUAUUUUAACCUCUUCAAUGCUUUUAAGUGAAUUCACAAAGGAAACGUUACUAACACGCCAUUAUUUAAAAUGGUGAACGGUGUAACAUUAGACUCUGCUGUGAGGUAGAAGACUUAUUAACAGAACGGUUUGAUACCAAAUCAGUGCUCUCACACCAUCAGGCCUACGACAGCUCUGUUACCAAAGAAACUCUCGUCGAGCGAGUCUGUGAAUGUUUGUGAACGCUUCUCUCUGCUGCAGACCUGGUUUCUAAGUGAAAAAAAAAACAACCAACAUGUGCCUUUCUGUCACGUUUGCAACCGCAAUGCUGAUUCAUUUUAGACCAACACCAAGGGCUGUUUGCAGCAAACUCUUCCAAUAUGAUCUUUCUCAGUGUAUCACCGGUAGGAUAGUCAAUACAUUCCCUGACUCUGAAUGUAGUAGAAGGCUUUGGGCUGUGAGUACAAGCCCCAGCACUGUUGUUCCUGGUAGACAGAAAACAUAACUGAAUCCUAUGAUGUAUGAAUGACCUGCCGUGUGCACAGUACACAAGUAACUUCAAAGUAUACCGUACAUUUACGACUGAUAACGGCUGACUCGCAUUCGACAGAGACUGAAACAGUAUUAAUCUUCAGUAUUAUUUAUUUUUCUUUGUUUGCAUUGACAACGUUCUGGGUUUUCCUAAUGUGUUGCUGUAAUAAUGUGGAAACGUGUUUGAUCAAAUUUUGCAUCCACAAUGUGUAAAGGUCCCAUGAAGUGACUUUUAGAUUGUAAUUUAUUUCUGUUUGGUGUGUUUAAGAUGGAUUUAAUGCGAGGAGGGUUGUGAUAGGUGAGAUUUCAGAUCGAUGACAGUCUGUGAGCGUGUUUUAAUCUGAUGGGGUUGGCUGGAUCACCCCAUGUACCGAUCAGACUGUAUUAGAUGGAGUUUAAAGUCUUUUUCCUGUUUGCUUAAUAAGCCAUUUAAAAAAAAAAA